GUAAAGACUACAGACUAGGAAACCCUAUGGGACAGUUCUACUCUGUUGUAUAGGGUCACUAUGAGUCGAAAUAGACUUGAUGGCACCUAACAUCAACGUCACACCACCGUCUUCAGGGUACCGCCAGAGCCAGACCUACUUAUUGCUCCUCUUUGGUUUACAAAUAAAACCCCUCUCAGAUCCAGAAUGAAGAAGCCCCAAGCCAGAAUGCAGGCGUUAGGUGGGGUGUCAGCGCCAUUGCUUCGUAUCCUUGACUCCCAAACUACAUGAGUGAAGUCUGGUCAUGUAGAUUCUGAUCUGCAGGAGGGGUGGCUAGGGGUGGGUCUCUUAUAAUAACCAACGAAAGGCUCUUAAAACAUUCAGCGGAAACAGGGGCCACAUCACAGAAAGGUAGAGGCAGGCUGCUGUCGUGAGCAAGCUCGUCUCUGGAGCAUCUCUACUGGUGUUCAUCAGAACAGACACCAUGGAAGAGGAUGACUACAAAGAUCCUUGGUUUUUUAACACUUCCAAGGACAGCAGACAGGAGCAUAAUCACUUCCUGCAGUUCAGCAAGUUCUUUCUGCCCUGCAUGUACAUGGUGGUGUUCGUAUGUGGCCUGGUGGGGAACUCUCUGGUGCUGGUCAUACACAUCUUCUACCAGAAGGAGAAGAGCAUGACAAACAUGUUCCUGAUGAACCUGCCCCUGGCUGACCUGGUGUUUGUCUGUACUCUGCCCUUCUGGACCUAUGCAAGCAUUCACGAGUGGGUCUUUGGCACAUCUAUGUGCAAAAUCCUGCUGGGCACCUACACUUUGAACUUCUACACAUCCAUGCUCACCCUUACCUGCAUCACAGUGUACCGCUUCACUGCAGUGGUUCAAGCCACCAAAGCCCACAACCUGCAGGCCAAGCGGAUGAUCUGGGGCAAGGUCAUCUGCCUGUUCACCUGGGUGAUCUCCCUGCUGGUUUCUUUGCCACAGAUCAUCUAUGGAAAUGUCUCUCCUCGUGACAAGGUCAUCUGUGAUUACAAAGAUGAUAAAAUUUCCACUGUGGUCCUUGCUACUCAGAUGACACUGGGGUUCUUCCUGCCGCUGAUUACCAUGAUUGUCUGCUACUCGGUCAUAAUCAAGACCCUGCUUCACGCCCGUGGCUUCCAGAAGCACAAGUCUCUAAAGAUCAUCUUCCUGGUGGUGGCUGUGUUCCUGCUGACCCAGACACCCUUUAACCUCAUGAAGCUUAUCCGCAGCACAAGCUGGGAGUACCAUGCCAUGACCAGCUUUCAUUAUGCCAUCAUAGUGACAGAGGCCAUUGCCUACCUGCGGGCCUGCCUUAAUCCUGUGCUCUAUGUCUUUGUUGGCCUGAAGUUUCGGAAGAACUUCUGGAAACUUAUGAAGGACAUUGGCUGCCUCCCUUACCUGGGCAUCUCAAGUCAAUGGAAGUCUUCUGAGGACACCUCCAAGAUUUCUUCUGUCUUCCACAAUGUGGAGGCCACCAGCAUGUUCCAAAUGUAGGCCAUGCCAAGGCCUGGAGAAGAUGCUCAGCAAUUUACAAAGAAAAUGGCAGCAUGAGAUGAAGAAGGUUUUGUUUAUAGCUGUGCAUUCUCAUGGAGAAGUAAUCCAACACUGCAGCUUGUUUGGAAUGCUUCUUUUAAGGCAUGAGCAUAUUCUGUUCUCUUCUUGAACACCCAGGCCUAAAGCUUAUAAGGGCUUUCCUUCCUUCAUCCCCACAGAUGCCGACACCAAGGGAAUGAACAUGUGACUCUUAAGGUCUCAGGUUCUCCUUCACUGGGACUGGAACUGAAGGUUGAAGAGGGGAGCACAGUUAAAAAAGCUGUUGAUGGAGGGUGGCAUUCUGGGCUCCCAAGUUCAGAUUCUUUUGUACUGAGCAAGCAGAGAUUUGAGCAGCCAUGAAAAUAAGCACUGGCCCAUACAGCUCUGACCUCAGUCAGCAGGCACUUAAUAGAAAUGAGAUCAGGUCUUGUCUCACUGUGAGGUUUGACGUUUUUUUUCUUCUUUUUAUUGUUGUGCUUUCAGUGAAAAUUUAAAAUUCAAGUUAGUCUCUCAUACAAAAAUCUAUACAUAAAUUGUUAUGUGACCCUACUUGCUCUCCCU